AUGUCUCUUCUGUCUGUUCUUCUUCGAAUCCAUUUGCUAUCCUGCACUAAGAACCUCGGAGUGCACACCAAGCGGGGCUCUGGUCUUAUUGUUAUGGGUGUUGGGGGAGGGGCUUGGUACCCACCUGCACAAGGUGCCCUCGCCGACGCAACAAAUACCCGUCACUCGUAUCUUGUCCCAGUGUCAGGUUACAUCGCCAUGACCAUUUACGCUGUCGGCCUUGUUGUCGACCAAUCGAGGAAGAACGGAUUCUCAUUCCGUAACCGCGAUGAGCUUACCAACAACUUGAGGCAUACCUCCGAUCACUUCUCUCCGACCGAGUCGCUCCCUGGUGAUGCGAAAGGACGCUCGAGCAGUGAAAAGAAGGUGUUCAGUGACGAAUUAGUCAGGGUCGCAUGA